CCUCUUUCAGACAUUGACGGCAGGAAGACUGACGGCAACACAGGUGGAGAAGAUCUGAAACAAGUCCUGGAGGACUUAACGAGCAGAGCAAUGGGCACUCACUUUCUCCUCCGUGCAUCCGUCUUUCUAGUGGCGGUGACAUUCUUCAUGAAAGAUGCUCUGGCACUGGAGUGCAACAGCUGCGUCGACUUGGGCGAUGGUGGGUGCAAUGUAGAGAAUAUGAAGAAAGUGGAGUGCCCGGCAUCUACCCAUGUCUGUGUGGAAACAGUGGCAGCUGUGGAAUGGAGUCAUGGGAAGUUCUCGGUUGGCGAAAAAGGCUGCGGAUUGGGCAUGCCAGGUACCAACGACAAAGCGGUAGAUGUGCAUGGCAUCCUGGCCUUCUCUCAGCUGCACCAGUGCAACAGCAGCCACUGCAACACCAAACUGGACAUCAAAAACCUGGAGCUGGAACCCAUCGGUAACGAGAGUGCCAGGGUUGCGAAUGGCGUAGAAUGUUACAGCUGUUACGGCAAUGAGUGUUCACUGGACAACUCUACCACAGUCAAAUGCUAUGACUCUUUCCGAGGCUGUUUCCAUGGGAAUGUCACAAUGAAAGCAGGCAACUUCUCCCUGACCAGGCCCCUCAAGGGCUGUGUCCAAGAUGAGGACUGCACCAAGGUCAUGAAAGGUAGCCCAGCUAUCACCGUCAUGGGUUCCUGUUGCUCUGGAAGCCUCUGCAAUGUCGACCUCUCCAACAAAACUUACUUCGCUCCCAAGAUCCCACGACUUGCAGUCCUGCCCGGGCAAGGCACCAACGCCACUGUGGCUGCCACCACUGCCACUGCCGCCACCACCACCACUUCCGCACGCACUCGCAACAGUGCGCCAGCCCCUUCCACGGUUGGCAAGCCAAUCCGUUCCGUUGCUGUGAGCCCGCCUCCAAGUAGUCGUGACGACCAUGACCAUGACCACGACCACGACCACGACCACGACCACGACCAUGACCAUGACCACGACCACAGUGAGAGCCCAGUGAGAGAUGGGAACAGAGACACUGCUGUGAAAGUUGAAGGGCGUCAGAGCCAACAUCCUACAAAGGGGGGUUCUGCCAGCUUGGGGGGGUCAGUAUUGCUGUCCUUGUUGCUGGCUGGGUUGCUCCUUUGAAUGAAAGGAGAAGAGAUGGUGUUCAACCUCCUUCCUUUCCCCCUUGCUGUUUCAGUCCUGCCCAAACACAUUUGGCCCUUGUCUUUUCAUAUAACUUCCCACACUCGAAUUAGGCUUCUGCCUACACAUGCUUUGAAACCACCAGUUUUGCAGUUCACAUGGUAAAUGCUCUUGCAUAACACACUUUGCUCAUUGGAAACAUGCCCUUAUUUGCACACUUCAUUUUUUUUAACCUUGCUUUCAUGGGAUUUCAUGGCUUGUAGCACCUGACAAGGGGUAGCUGGAACUUUACAAGGCAAAGUUCUUCUGUGUUAUGCAUAACGUCUAUCCAAAGUCAGUUCUGCUCUGAGAAAGCAAAGUCGAGUUCCAUUUGUGUUCGUGCCUUUUCGUGGGCUCAUGACAUUGUGCUUGGUGCCAAUACAAUGGCAGCCAUUUCUCGAUGGUGUUUACCUUGAGUCAUUCUUUAGCUCACCAAAUAAGUUUUCUCUCAUGGUCGAGGGGCACUGCUCUCUCCUAUGUAUCAGUCUACAGUAUCAGAUUGUUUUCAGAGGGCUGUAUUAUCUCAUGUGGGCUUUGGGGGCUUUGGGGACUGACAGAGGGCUGCUAAGCUGGCCUCCAGUGGCCAGACAAAUGCAAGUCUUAAGGCAAGAUAGUCUGAUGGACUGCCAAAUUUCCUUGGAAUCAAUGAAGAUAAUUUGCCUUUUCCAGAGUGUAAUAUGAAUAGUUCCUGGAGAUCUAUAUAUAACCAUUCUAGAGCUGGGCGAUAUAUCAAUAUAUCAUCCCAAACCAGCUUGAAGUCCAUAUCAUGUUAUCGGCUUCAUAGUUUUUGAUCUGGCAAUAUAUCGCAAAUCAUGGUGGGUGGGUGGGUGUGCUGUGCAAAAAAUCACAAUGGGGGAAAAACCAUGAAGCCAGCCAGUGCCUCUACAUAACUCCAUCCUUAUUUCAGACAUUGGGAUAUAUCCGUAUAUUGCAAUGUCUACCUGGUGAUAUAUUGAGAUGUUGAAAACCAGAUAUCGCCCAGCCCUAAACCAUUCUGAAUUCUUCCAACUUUUAGCGUUUCAGCACCAGUUGGGCUAGGAACCAGCCAGAGUGACUGCUUCCUUCCUCUCCCAGUUCUGUGCAUUGCUGAGUAACAGAGCAUCCCCAUUCGCUCUCAUGCAUAUGUUCUCCCUGUCUCUAGUGAAGGCCACCAACUUGAAUGGCUUCAAAAGAGAAUUGGAGAACUUCAUGGAGGGUAAGGUAAUGGUCUACCUCCAGUGUUGGCCACUGUGAGAAUAGGGUGCUGGAGCAGAUGGACCUUUAGCCUGAUCCUGCAGAGCUCUUCUUAUGUUCAGCUAGAUGCUAUGGAAAUAUUUCAUAGUAGCAGUAAUAAUUUAGAUCAAAGAGCCACUGUUGCCAUUUCCUUUCCCUCCCGGUAUUUUAUCUUUUUAGCAUUUGACAGAGGUCAGAAAAAAUAUGUUUUGGGUUAACCACAACACAAAGCUAUGAAAAAGAAUGAGCUGUUGAUAUGGGACCCAGCAAUUUAGCCAUUGUUAUUAUUAGUAUUAGUAUUAGUAUUAUUAGAUUUCAAAAUACAUCUGCAAUCCCAGAUGCAGAGAGGAUUGGGUCCAGUUUAGGGCUGAAACAAUAAAGCUGCCCUCGCCAACCUGGUGCCCUCCAGAUGUUUGUGGUAGAAAUUCCCGUGAGCCUCAGCCAGCACAUGUAAUCCAAACUGGAGGGCAACAGGUUGGCAAAGGUUGAGAUAAAUAAAUAGCAAGAUUUCAAAAUUAGGAGCACUUUCCCUUGGGGGUUUGAUCCUGAAAUUUGACAAGUUCACAAAUCAUGAUCUGAAAUAUAUUGAGUUCAGCUUUUCACCUGUUUAAAGGAAACUUUCUUGACUGGUUCAAUUAAUGACACAAAAUCUAAAUUUUGCUAAAGUGAAGUCAGGUGCUGUCAAAUACUAACAGCCACUGAAUUGAGUGCUGCUGCUGCUGUUGUGGAUAUAAAUUGAAAUGAUAUGAUAACAAUGCAGAAUUUUCAGAAACUCAUACUGACUAUUAAAUAUUUUUCACAUCCAGAGAA